GCCAGGCCCGGCUGGAUGGGGAACCAUAGGGAAGGAGUCCCGGCCAGGAGGCGUUUCCCGGCCCCACGCUGGCGCCGGGCCAGGCUCCCAAAUGAGACGCCUCGCACCGCGGAGCUCCCACUCACUCACACCUCCCGGUAUAAAACCCCGGCCCGCAUCAGCCCGCGCACACCCGGGCCAGCCCGAGCUGCAGCUCCCCCGGACCCCACCGCAGAGGAGAGACCCCCAGAGACCCCCAGAGACCCCCGAGGAGCCGCCAGCAGCAGGAUGGGCCAGUGCAACUGCCGCAAGAAGCGCAAGGACGGCCAGGAGCUGACGGACGUGGAGCGCGCCAUCGAGACGGUGAUCAGCCAGUUCCACUGCUACGCCGUGAAGGGCCAGAAGGAAUACCUGACCCCCAACGAGAUGCAGGAGCUGGUGGUGCAGAAGCUGCCGCACCUGGGCAAGUGCGUGGGACCCCUGGAGGAGAAGAUCGAGUGCAUGGGCGACCCGAAUGAAGCCAAGCUGGAGUUCGGGGAGUACUGGGACAUGAUGGGGGACGCGGCCAAGGGCUGCCGGAGGAAGUAGAGGGGCGCUGGGGGGGACGGGACGGCGCCCGAGCCUCGGGCUCUGCUGCUGCUGCAAGCGCCGGGGGUCAAAAGGCGACGUGGGGAGGAGAAUCCCCCUCCCCGGCUGCAUCCUCACCCUCCUCGGUUCCCCUUCCCGUCAGGAACGGCCCCUCCCGCCGCAGCUCGGGGGGUCCUGACCCCCCUGGAACCCUCCGGAGCAUCGCAGCCAGAGGGGCUCAGCUCCUCUCCCCAUCCCACCUGAAUUUUGGGGGGUUUCCUCCAUCCCUGUCACCCCCCGGAGCAUCACAACCAGAAGGGCUCAGCUCUUUUCCCCCCAUCCCACCUGAAUUUUUUGGGGGGUUUUUCCCCCUGGCCCCC